AUGACUAGUAAACAGCAACAAGGUGAGACUAUUGACAAAUAUGUCUCGGAACUGAAACUUUUGAGCCAAGAUUGGGUUUUUGAAGCUGUUAAUGCGAUUCAAUACAGGGAUCACUACAUUCGUGAUGCUUUUAUCAAUGGCUUAGCCUCGUCAUACAUACGACAGAGACUAUUUGAAAAUAAAACUUUAGACCUAGCUGAAGCAGUGGAACAGUCUAGAGCUCUUGAAAUGGCUCAAGCUCAAGUCGAGAUCUAUCCAAAAUCUAUGUACGGAAUGCAAACUUGUGCAACGAAUGAAUUGGCAAAGCAAGCUUGUCAGUACGAAUUCCCACUACAACAAAAGGAAGAAGCGACUGUUUCCGCUAUUAAAAAUGUUGAUGGCAAGUGUUAUUUUUGUGGACAUGAUAGACACUCUAGAGAUCGCUGUCCAGCCAGAGAAGCAACUUGUGGGAAAUGUAACAAGACAGGGCAUUAUGCGAGAGUCUGUAAAAGUAAUCCAACUCAACAUUUUAAAGUAAAACAGAAGACGUCUAGUACAUCAGCUGCACUAAUAGCAACUACACAUAAUACAUCUGUAUUGAAGGACUCUACAGUUGAAGCUAAAGUGAAUGGCCUGAAAGCAAAUUGCUUAAUAGACACCGGGAGUACAUCAAGCUUUGUAAACUUGAAGUUUGUUCAGUUAAACAAAAUUAAAAUGUAUAAUGAAAGUGGACAAGUAUCACUAGCUGCUUCUAAUAUGAAAUCAAACGUCCACGGGUUUGUUAAAAUCAACCUAAAUCUGUUGAAUCACAAUUACAACAAUUUUAAGUUGACUGUUCUUGAAGAUCUUUGUACUGACGUGCUUAUCGGACAUGAUAUCAUGAAACUCCACUCAAAUAUACAGGUUUGGUUUGGAGGUAAGAAACCUCCUCUGUUGGUGUGCUCCUGUGCCAAAGUUGAACCACCCAAACUAUUCUGCAAUUUAACUCCAGAUUGUAAGCCAAUAGCCACAAAAUCACGACGUUACUCAGAUGAAGAUAUGCAAUUUAUAAAACAAGAAAUGGAAAGACUACAGACUGAGGAGAUCAUUGAACCUAGUUCGUCACCUUGGCGUGCACAAGUGUUGGUUGUUACAAACGACAAAGGGAAGAAGCGACUGUGUGUGGACUAUUCGCAAACGAUAAACAAAUUUACUCUGUUAGACGCCUAUCCCUUACCAAAUAUAGAUGAUCUAGUAUCCACUGUAGCGACGAACAAGGUUUUUAGUGCCAUUGAUCUAAAGCAAGCAUACUAUCAAAUACCAAUUUCUGACGAAGAGAAGAAGUACACUGCUUUUGAGGCUGCUGGUCGUCUUUUUCAAUUCAGAAGAAUCCCAUUUGGCGUAACCAACGGGGUGGCAUGUUUUCAAAAGACCAUGGACCAAAUCAUUAGAAAAGAAAAACUGAAUGGAGUGUAUGCCUAUCUGGAUGAUUUGACCGUAUGUGGAAAGGAUCAAAAGGAUCAUGAUGAGAAUCUAAGAACAUUUUUAGAUGCUGUAACUAAGUAUGGACUUGUAAUCAACAACGAAAAGAUUUCCCAUAACUCUAUUCGACCUGAUCCAGAUCGGCUAGAAUCUCUACUGUCACUUCCUGUGCCCAAAGACCAAGUUUCACUAAAGCGAGUCCUAGGAUUUUUCGCUCACUAUUCAAAAUGGAUACAUCGGUUUUCUGAUAAAAUAAGAAACCUGACACAAGUCAAUUCUUUUCCUUUGUCACAGGAAGCGGUUGCAGAUUUUGAAGCCCUCAAACUUGACAUUGCAAACUCAGUAAUUACUCCUAGGAAUGGGCAAGAGCCACUGGUAGUGGAGACUGACGCAUCUGACAUAGCCGUGGCAGCAACUUUGAGUCAAGAUAAUCGGCCAAUUGCUUUUUUCUCACGGACUCUAAACAAAUCUGAGAAGCUGUAUUCAGCUGUUGAAAAAGAAGCCGUUGCCAUUGUCGAAGCCCUUCGAAAAUGGAAAUCAUUUCUUAUCGGAAGAGACUUCAGAUUAUACACGGAUCAGCAAGCUUUAUCAUUUAUCUUUGACAAGAGGCAUACAAGCAAAAUCAAGAACGAUAAAGUUAUGAGAUGGCGACUAGAGCUAACACCUUAUCAAUAUGAAAUAGUGUACCGACCUGGUAGGGAGAAUGUAAAAGCAGAUACGCUCUCUCGGGCAUGUGCGGUUCGCUGGGACAAUGCUAAGUUGUUUGAAUUACACAAAUCUCUCUGCCAUCCGGGAGUCACUCGAAUGUUUCAUUGGAUUAAAACUAAAAAUCUAAACUACACUCUGGAUGAUGUAAAAAGGAUGACGUCAGCUUGUCAAACAUGUGCAGAAGUGAAGCCAAGAUUUCACCAAUUCCAAGGCAAAUUGAUAAAGGCAACCACUCCCUUCGAACGUCUAAAUAUUGACUUUAAGGGCCCUCUUCCAUCAACAACCAGAAACCGUUACCUUUUAACCAUGGUGGACGAGAAUUCUCGUUUUGUAUUUGCUUACCCCUGUAAGGACAUUAGUUCAGCAACAGUUAUCAGAUGUUUUUCAGAUCUAUUUUUUAUGUUUGGAGCCCCGUCCUUUGUACAUUCAGAUAGAGGUUCAUCUUUCAUGUCGCGAGAGCUGACGGACUUUCUUCACAAGUACGGAGUAGCUACAAGUCAUACGACACCUUAUAACCCUAGAGGGAACUCUCAGAUUGAACGCUUCAAUGGAACAAUAUGGCGAACCAUCCUACUAGCUUUGAAAAACCACAACCUGCCAGUUGCUGCAUGGGAAGAAGUAUUACAGGAGGCACUUCACUCAGUCAGAUCUCUUUUAUGCACUGCGACAAACUGCACACCGCACGAAAGAUUCUUUAUACAUAGCAGAAGAUCUACCAAUGGAGACUCCUUACCAUCUUGGCUAUCCGCUCCUGGUCCUGUCCUGCUUAGAAAGUUUGUAAGAUCUAAUAAAUAUGAUGACCUUGUGGAGCCAGUUCAACUUUUGGAAUCAAAUCCACAGUACGCUCUCGUCAGAAGAAGAGAUGGGUCAGAAUCACAAGUAUCCCUGAGACAUCUUGCACCCGCUGGCCUACCUCCUGGUGAUCUACCUCAUGAAGACAACACUACUGAGAGAGAGAUUGUUGAAAAUAUAAAUUCAGACAUUGACCACAAUGAAGUUCAAAAUGAAACUCAACAAAUGGUAUCUCAGACCCCAACUUCAGAGACGGCUGUGGGGGAACUACGUCCAAAGAGGAAUGUCAAGCCUCCGUCAUAUCUAAAGGAUUACAUUUGCUAUACCUACCUUGAAAACUAG